AUGUCUGAUCCUGACACCACCCCGGUCUCCUCUUCCUCCCCCGCCCUCAACUACGCAUUCCUCGUUCACUCGCAAAAGACCCUCACCCAGAACCUGCCCCCGAGGGUGGACAAUAAAUUGCUUGCCCGCCAGAAGCGUCGACGAACGAGUCCCGAAGACCAUGCCGUUCUCGAGGCCGAGUACCAACGUAACCCCAAGCCAGACAAGGCCGCGCGUGCCGAUAUUGUCUCUCGCGUUUCAUUAGGGGAGAAAGAAGUCCAGAUCUGGUUCCAAAAUCGUCGUCAGAAUGACCGUCGGAAAUCCAAGCCGCUGCAGCCUCAUGAGCUGGUCGCUCCGCUGUCCGCCAGCGAUCCGAUCUCAAGUCAUAGCGAUGAGCCAGAGGUAGCUGGUGGAGUAGAGCACGAUCUUUCGUACAAUGGAGAGGACGCGACGAAGCCGUCCGAGGAUGUGGCGCUUCCGUCGUCCUUUGUGUCCGAGGUAUCAGACACCAAAGACGAGAACAGCCAACCAAUCCCGAGCUCUCAGACGAGUGUGGAAUCGGAGACUCAGCAAGAGAAUGUGCAGGCGGAUGAAAACGCCGGGAAUGAGCCGCCCGAGCAGGAGGUGCUCUCGGCUAGCAAGAGAAAGCGUUCUAUAUCCGAUUUGCGGGGCCAGGCCACCUUCACAUCGCCGCCUUCGCUGCGCAUCUCGCUUUCCUUUGAUGGAGAGGCCAUGGUACGGAAGGACAACGAGCUGACCCCGUCGCCGCCUAAGGGCCGUAACGCCCUGCGGAUCGCCAUGUCGGCCGAUGGCAAGGCAGUGAUCCGCAAGGGCGACGAGCCCUCACCAUCCAAGAACCGCAUCUCCAUGUUUUCCACCAGGGCCCCGCGGUUUGCUGGCCUGCGCCGCAGCAGCAGCGCCGUGCUCCCGAGCACUCCGCGUCUCGGCAGCGCGAGCGACAAGGACAAGGUGUUUGGGCGCUCCCGGGAUCCCAAGAACUGGGAGUCCUUCUUCGAUACCGAUGCCCGAAGCGCCCUGUCCACACCAUCUAGCGUCUCUCAGGGCACCCCGCACACCGCUUCGCCCAGUUUGUUCAGAUCCCGCAGUCAGCGCUCGCUCAAUCGCUCUCUGUCGGGCAGGCACAACGCCCUCACCCCCAACUCCGACUGCUUCGCCACCCCGGCUCCCCGGCCGUCGACGGGCGAGAAGCGGCGCAAGCUGUCACGCACUGUCUCUUCCCUUGGUCGACUUGAAACCAGCUGCCCUGGUAGCCUCAACAAGAUGCCAUUAACAACCGACGACCCCAAGGCUCUCACUUCAAAAGACCAUGUCGAUGAUCUCGACGCUCAUUUUGGUGAUUCAGAUAAAGAAAACUGGAUCUCCGGAACGCAUGUCUCGCGGAUACGUCGGCGGACCAUCUCCCACAACGCUCGCCGCCCGAUUCUCAAGGACUCCAACGGACGGGACGGCCGGAGACUAGGCCGAUCCUCGUUGUCAACUAUGGCUGCCAAACCGCACGUCGCCAUCAUCGGGGCCGGACUCUCCGGCCUACGAUGUGCAGACAUUCUCAUUCAGAACGGUGCCGAGGUGACCAUCUUCGAGGCACGAGAUAGACUGGGUGGACGAGUCCACCAGCAAGAAAUUGGAGGCCAUUUGGUCGAUUUCGGCCCGAACUGGAUCCAUGGCAAUCGCCAGAACCCAAUGAGUACGAUUGCCGAGGCGACCCAGACCAUCACCCAAGACUGGGACGGCAGCCAGAGCAUGUACGACCAGGACGGCGAGCUCGUCGAUGAGAAGACGACGACGCGGAUCUCCGAGUUUGUGUGGACCAGAAUGGACGACGCGUUCAAGUAUAGCAAUGCCCACGCCGACGAGAUCCCUGUGGACCGUAGUCUACUGGACUUCUUCCGCGAGAAGCUCGACGAGACGGACUUCACGCCCGCCGAGAAGACCAUGUGUCUUGAGUCGUGCAAAUUUUGGGGCGCAUACGUGGGCGAUCCGGUCUCGAGACAGAGUCUGAAGUUCUUCUCGCUUGAAGAAUGCAUUGACGGGACCAACCUGUUCGUCGCCUCAACCUACAAGAGCAUCCUGGAGCACGUCGCCGCCCCGGCCCAGCAACACGCACGCAUCCAUUUGAACUCAGCCAUCGCCCACAUCGACGCUCCGCCCCGUACCGCCGCCAACCGGCAGGUCACCUUAACCACCUCGACAGGGACCACGCACCAGUUCGACGAGGUGGUGGUCACCGCACCCCUGGGCUGGCUCAAGAAGAACAAGGCGGCGUUCAGUCCUGCCCUCCCCGUACGUCUGGAGCAGGCCAUCGACAACAUCUCGUACGGCCGGUUAGAAAAGGUCUACGUGACAUUCCCCCGAGCAUUCUGGCACAACAGCACGGCUUCUUCCUCUACUACUCUCGGCGGGAAAGAAAACCCGGCCUUUGCCCAGUUCCUCGAACCCAACUACGUGGAUUUCCCCGCAUCCGCGACGCCCUGGAACCAAGAGUGUCUGUCCCUGGCUUCCCUGCCAUCUAGCUGCGCCCACCCAACGCUCCUCUUCUACACAUACGGGCCCUGCGCAACACAUAUCGUCUCUACGUUGAAAUCCCUCCCCGCGUCUUCGGCAGAGUACUUCUCUUUCCUGGACGAAUUCACCCGCCCCUUCUACUCGCGUCUGCCGGGCUUCUCGUCCCAGUCUGCAGACUGCCGCCCCGUCUCCUUCCUCGCAACUCAAUGGCAGAACGAUCCCUUCGCGGGCAACGGCUCCUACUCUAAUUUCCAGGUCGGCCUGCAACAAGGAAACCGCGACAUCGAGGCUUUGCGCGCCGGAAUGGGCGCCGCCAACGCCCUUUGGUUCGCUGGCGAACAUACCGCCCCCUUUGUCGCCUUGGGCACCACCACGGGCGCCUACUGGAGUGGCGAGCGUGCUGCUGCCCAGAUCUGUGAUCUCUACGCCAUGUCGAAGCGGGGGAUGAGUGUCGCCCCGGAUGAUUCGUUGCCUUCUGCUCAGCCUAAGGGGGGGUCUAUCUAA